GCGCUGAUCCCAGCACAGAAACAUGAUUGGCAGCCUGUUAUAUUAUGCGCUCUACCCACUGUCACGGUUCCUUUCCUGUCGACCCUCAGAGGCCUUGAAGAAGGGUCUCCCUCCUGCAGAAGUUAAUGGCAAGGCAGUGUGGGAUGGUAGUGCUGUCACAACCAGAAGCUUCAUCCAGUCUCAGAAUACCAUGCUGGACCAGUGGCUCAGCCCAGGCAGUGGGACGAAGGGAGAAACGAAAGAAAGGAUGAAAGAACCAAGCCAAGAAAAGGAAGACAAUACAAGCCCUGAUACAGACAAAGAACAGCUGAUGGCUGUCCUGUGUGAAGAAGCAAACAGUGAGGCAGCUUCAAAGAUGAGUGAGGUGCAGUCUGCAGUGAAGGAGAAAGAAGCAGAGAUAAUAAAUGGACGGCAACAAGACAAAGUGGAAGCUCCCGAGCAAGACAACGGGGAAAUAACUGCUCACCAAGAUGUGUUGCAUGUGAAUGAAAACACAGAAGAUGGAGGUAUUUCUCCUGCCGAGGACAUUAGUCCAGAGGCAGCUCUUGGGGCACAGUUAGAGUGCCUACAAACGGAGGACAACAAUCAAGAAACCACCUGCCCAGUGCAGGAAAUAUUAAAGAUACCAAGCCUGGAAGAGCCAGCAACUCUGGCUGAGCCAAGCAUACAAGAAACUCCCCAUACAGCACAAGAACAAACACAGAUCCAAAGCUUUGAGGAGUCAGUGACUCCGGCUCAAGAAACUGAGUGCUGGGAUGAAUAUGUGGCUCCAGCUGCUGAUGAACUGCAAAGUGGGGAGAGCAGUUCUGAGCUGGUGUUUUCCUCCCUUCUUUCCAACACUCAAUCCCACCUUAAUCUCAGCGGGCAGCAUGACACACAGACUGGCUGGCACUUUCCUGCAGGACCUGGCCUGGCAGAAGAGAUGCAGUGCCCACUGUGGCAAUUUCCAUCCGUGAGCUAUUACCCUGCAGUAGAACCGAUGGUGCCAUUUGAAGUAAUGUGGAGGGUGUGGGAGGAGAUGGAUGAGAGUGCCACUGCAGCAGAGCCGUUCACAAAGGCCUCGAUGGACUUCACUGUUAUGUCCUACAACAUCCUUGCUCAGGACCUACUAGAGGUGAACUGGGAGCUGUACACACACUGCCCCCCAGAGGUGCUGGACUGGAGCUACCGCUGCAGCCUGCUACUACAGGAAAUACAGAAAUGGGAACCAGAUAUUCUGUGUCUCCAAGAAGUUCAGGAGAACCACUACCACGAACAGCUGUAUCCAGUCCUGUCUCAGAUGGGCUACACCUGUGUGUACAAGCAGCGUACAGGGACCAAGACAGACGGCUGCGCCACGUGCUACCGUAGCAGUCGCUUCUCUGAGCUGUCAGUCACCAUGCUGGAGUUCUUCAGGCCUGAGACACAGCUGCUGGACCGCCACAAUGUGGGCCUUGUCUUGUUGCUCCAGCCAGUGGUCAUCCAGGGUUUGGAGAUCAAGGCGAAGGGCCCACCCCUCUGCGUGGCCAACACUCACCUGCUCUUCAACCCAAGGAGGGGGGAUGUGAAGCUGGCUCAGCUAGCUAUAAUGCUUGCAGAGAUGGACAGCGUGGUUAAGACCUGUAAGGCCAAAGGUGAACACUGUAACCUUAUUAUGUGUGGGGACUUUAACUCUGUCCCCCACAUGCCUCUGUACCAGCUGAUCACCACCGGCGAGCUCGAAUUCCAGGGUCUACCAGCAUGGAUGAUAUCCGGUCAAGAGGACCUGUCACACAAAGUCUACAGUCACAGACUGUUUGCUCCCCUGUGGCCCAGCAAUCUGGGAAUCUCUGACAGCUGCCAGUACACUUCUUCUGUCAAGGAGAUACCAAAGACCGAGAGUGAGAGAUCAGGUAAAGGUCAGUACAGCCACGAGUUCAUGCUGCAGCUGCGCUUCUGUCCAGCUGCAUGUGUCCGUCCUCUGGACUUAGAGCAGAUCCCAGGCGUGACUGACAACACACCAGAUGCUUCAAGGGGAACUCAGCCUUAUGAUAAAAGGUUCAGACCCACCAUCAGCCAUCGUUUAGACCUGGAGUCGGUCUACAAACACAUUCUUCCAGGCUUUGGCAAACCAGAAGUGACAACCCUGCAGUUUGAAGCGGGAGCUACUGUCGACUACAUCUUCUACACCCCAAGACGCAGCUUACCUUGCAAUCAAAACGCUGGUGGUGACGUUGCGAGUAGGGGUCUGAAGCUGAUUGGUUCUCUGUCCCUCCUAUCAGAGGAUGUCAUAAUGUCAAUGAGUGGCCUGCCCAAUCACAUAUUCCCCUCUGACCAUCUCAGUCUUCUGGCUAAAUUCCAGCUGGACCUGAAUGCUGCAUGAUGGAAAAGACUGGAUGACUCACAGUGAUGUCACAGGAUGAGCAUAUUUCCGUUCAGAUGGUUCAGGUCUCGCUCUGUACACGUUUUCUUCGUCAGUAUGAACACCAUUACUUGUGGUUCCCUGGCAUCAAAGGAUUAUAGGUUUGUAACUGAAGAUAAGUUAAUGUUUUUGUUUGAAAGAGCCGGGAAAUAUAAUAUAACAAAGGCAACGAUUGCUGCAGUUCUUCUUGGUGUGAUAACGCACCAAUCUGUUCAUCUGUGCUUUUUAAUUUAUUUUAAACCAAAUUUCCAAAUGACAAUUAGAUCUCUCUGAUUUAUGAAUCAGUUCUAUUUUUUCAGAUGGUAAAAUACUGAAUAAAUAUUUUCCAUUAA